CGAACCAUAAAUCGUAGUAAAAGAAUAGAAAAUUAUUGAUAUAAACCAAACAAAUCCAAAAAAAUUCCAAAACCCCUCAACCGAAGCCAAUUUUCAGUUGUACCAUGUCUCAACCGAAGGUGAUUUUCGGUUGGUCCAUGGUACAACCGAAAAUUGGCUUUGGUUGAGGGGUUUUGGGUUUUUUUGAAAAAAAAAUUUGGAUUUUUACCUCGUCGGAUUCGCUACGCAUGAUUCAGACGUAUUCCCAACGAUUACGACUCGAGAAUGUCAACGAUGAAUUCGAGAGUGUGGGAAAUUGAGUGUUUUUCAUUUUUUUUAGUCAAAGUGAUGUUUGUUUGCUAAAGAUGUCAAAAGGUUAAAAGUGUAACUUUGUUAUUUUUUAGGACGAUCAAUAGAAAUUUUAAGGACGAACUUUAUCAAUUCCCAUAAUUUAUUGAUGAUAUUAGUCUUUAUGACAAUGUAAUUGAAGGAGUUAAUUUACCGUAUAAGGAUGUGGGUAUGUUGAGAAAUUAUUUGUAGUUAUAUCAGUGCACCCAUAGGCAGAGCGGGAACUCUGGUGGUUAAUCAGUGACUUGACAUCGACUCACCCUAAUAACUAAAAUCGCAAUUGACGUGUGAUUGAUGUGAGCGGACCGUGGAUCGGUAAGUCUUCUACGUGCACUUAUUUGGGUGGGUUACAGGUCACCCUAACCUACACCACACUUUCACAUGACUUAGAGUUGUUUUUUAUUUAUACUAUCGAAUGACGAAUAUUGAUCAAAUUUCCUAACCACACCAAACACUAACAAUGGACUUCUAAAAGUGGAAGAAUAUUUUUUAACUACUACAAGCAUUAGAUGGGUGCGCAACAGACAAAGUAACAUGUCUAAAUUGUUAUAGUCUUUCUCGUUUAUGAGAAAUUUAUUAUAAUUGUUAGUCGAAUUACCUAAUGACUAGUUGUGGAAUUGUUUUUGCAUGCUAAUCUAAAACACAACCGCACACACCCAUCCCACCCAUCCCACCCAAUCCAAAAAAGAAUACAGAUUGAUAGCGAGUCACAAUUGUAUCAUUCGUUAUGAAUUGAGAGGGUCAGUUUGAGUUAGAAGCUCACCCAACUCAUUCAUUGUCCAUCCCUAGACUUGUAUACAUACAUAUCCACGAGCACCCAUUGCACCAGGUUGAAUUUUAUCUUUUCAAAACGUAAUAUGUAUUUUACUAGAUUUUUUGCGGGUACACUCGUUAAAGUUGAAUUUAAAUUUGGAGAAAUUCAACCCAACUCUCUAUCAUGCCUGCAUUUAAGAUUAAUAAAUGAAAAGUUGGAGAAAAUGGUGGACUGGAUGCCACAGUUACCUUGUUGUAAUGAAAAAUAGCGGUUUACCGCUCAAAUAGGUCGGUGGACAGGUUGGCCGUUACCUAUUAGUAUUGUUAGGGGACUCUACCAUUGCAAAGAAAAAUAACGAUUGGUUGAGGCAACAUAAAUGUCAAACAAUUAGCCAUUACCUUAUCAAUAUCAAAACACGAUUCCACAACCAGAAACGUUUCAUUACUGAACAUGGACCAAUCUACCAUUUAAUCCGAGUUAUUAUCAACAAGAACCUCUAUAAAUAACCCUUCACAUGAUUGGUAUAUCAAUCUAAAAAUUGUGUAAACAAGUUCUUGCGGCUUUGGAGCUCGGCGAAGAAGAAAAGCUGUUGGAACGUCAGAGGUAGUUGUUCUUGCAAUACUUGUAGAUCAAUAGGUCGGCAAUGUUUGUCAUCCGGUCAACCUUUUAGGUACAAUCGCAAAGUUCAAUUAUCUUCAGAGCACUCCACUCUGAGACGUUGACUUGAGGUAUGAAGAUAUCUUUAAUCCUAACAGGUCGACCACUACAUGAUACAAUCAACCAGAUAAAGUACGUACGGGUACAUAUACGUGUAUUAAACGGAGUAUUUACUAACUAUGUUCGCAACAAACUCAUGUCACAACAAAAUACGUAUAUCAUCCAUUCUACCAUUUCCUAAAGCGAUCAACCAUCUUCCUAAAACGAUCGACUAUUUAACUCCAAGUCAUAUUGACUUAAAAGUCCCCCAUAAAACAAUUUUACCCCUCAUUUCAUUUACCCCACAUCAAAUGUAAAUCCAAGUCUCACCAAUCAAACUGAGUCGCCGAAUCGGCCGACCCAAGAAACAUAAAAUAUCGAGUAAAUUCCAUCAAGUUGGGGUCACUGAGUCAUCAACGCCAAUGAUAGCAGAAGCGUGUCUCCAGCAAAAAAAUUGCCAAAAGGGAUAAAACAUGGGUCAAAGGUUCACUCAAAAAUUGAAACCGGACAGCCGAAUGCGUGACAUUUCGUCACAUAGAUGGGCCAAUAAUUGGGAUCCCUAUCCUUCCAUCCCACUCGUCACUAUCACUCUCAUGCCAACCUCAUUGCUUACUUCAUAUAUAUAUAUCGAUACCCUUCCCCUUUUUUCCUAUAUCUUUUUAAUUUCCUAUUUGUCCUUUGCGAAAUUGUGGAAAAAAUCUCAAAGUACACACGUUCUUAAAAAAAAUUCCCAAAAUACAUGAGUUAUAAAAAAAUUUCCCAAAGUACACAUGUUUGAGCAUCACCGUUUUAGACAAACGCGGUGAAGAUUAUCACCGCGUUUGACGAACACGGUGAGUACUUCAUCGUUUUAAACAAAAACGGUGAAGUAUUCACCGUUUCAAACUAAAACGGUGAAGUUUUCACCGCGUUAAUUAACAACGGUGAACACAUCACCGUUUUGGUCAAAAACGGUGAAGCCUUCACCGUUGUUAAGUAACGCGGUGAUCAUUUCCCACGUUUCCCACCCCUGGUAGGUCAAAAUUAGGUCGCAGCUACCUCCUAUUCACCGUUUGAGACAAACGCGGUGAUGGUGUUAACCGUUGUUGACAAAAACGGUGAAUAGUAGGCAGAUUUUCCUAUAAAUAGCACACCACCAGCAGUUGUAAAAACAUAACCACUCCCCUUUCUUCAAAUUUCAGCAGCCAAAAUCGAGCAUAAUACACAGAACAGAAAUUUUUCGGUAUGUUGAGACUUUUCGUAUUAUAGUCUAAUUAUGUUUUUAGUAGUUAUAGUAUGAUUUAAUUUUCGUAUUAUGUUGUUGUUAGUUAGUUGAACUUAUGUUCGUUAGUUAUAGUAUGAUUUAAUUUUCGUAUUAUGUUGUUGUUAGUUAGUUGAACUUAUGUUCGUUAGUUAUAGUAUGAUUUAAUUUUCGUAUUAUGUUGUUGUUAGUUAGUUGAAUUUAUUUUCGUUAGUUAUGGUAUGAUUUAAUAUUAGUUGUACAAUAUGAUUUUGGUUAAUUUUACUGUCUUUAAGCUAAUAGAUACUUAUUGUAAAUUGUAGAUAUGGGUAAAUUCAAGAAGUUUCAUCUUACUAUUCGGUGGAAUGGAAGGGUGACAAACUCUGACAUAGGCAUUGAUUAUGAGGACGGCGAAUCCAUUAUGCUGAAAAUUGAAUCCCGAUUCAAUUUUCAAGAACUCUGUGAUCUUUGUGCAGAAAGGGUUUGUACGAGCGGACAGACGAGACUUGGCAAAAUUACUUACCGGUAUCCAGACAUGAGUGCUGGCGGGGUCGUGUUCCAAGAAGUUGUCAUAAACGAUGAUGACGCGGUUAUGAUGAUGUUACAGUUCCUAAGCGAUAACCAAGUCCGGCUUGCAGAGGUGUAUGUUGAGACCGAGGCGCUCGGUGAAUCUCAUUCUCACCAGUAUUCUUAUGAUGAUGGUUUUGCAGGAGGGUACGAAUGGGGUGGUAGUUCGAGCAACUACCAAGGCGGUGGUUAUACAGGAGGUUACGGGGAGGGUGGUGGUUCAAUCAACUACGGUGGAUCGAGUAGUGCAGGAUGGGACCAAUACUCGCAACCUCCUAAACCAGCCCCAUUUGUUGAGGCCGAUGGUGUUCAAUGGCCUGCUUGGGGGCCAGAGUGGUAUGGAAUCGAGAAUACCAUUCGAUCAGGGCGUACUUCACAUGAGCGAGAGGACGAUUCCUUAAAAAAAAUAGGAAAAAACAUCAAUUUAUUAGAUUAAAUAAAGCCAAAUAAAACAUUAGAAAAUAAUAAAAUAAAGCAAGUCAGUUCAUCAAAUUACCGGAUUGUUAUCCCAAAUGGCACGGGAGCGAUGCAUUUCUUGAUCGGUUAAGAGACUCGCAUCCUUUGGGCCAUAAUGGAUAUACAAUCGAGGAUCGUAUAUCUCGGCACCCAUCUAUAAAAAAGUAAUGAAAUCAGAGAUUGUUUUGAUAAAAAAAAAUCAAAUUGUUUCGAUUAAAAAAAAUCACAAACCAAAAACCUACACGAAGAGCCUCUUCGUCCAUUAUUGGCGGAAGCCGGACAGAGGUUCGACGGGUUUAGCUUUGUAAGGGACGGGAACUUAACGGGACGGGGGCUUUAGGGUCAAACUCUAGUAAUUCUUUCUGAUGUGGAAGAUCGGACUUAGCCGCAACCACAGAGCAUACUUAGAACGAGACUAGAGCGGAUAAAUUGAGGGAGAAAGAAGUGAAAUGUUUGUGGGGUGAGUUGAAAGUGAAAGGGGAAGGGGGUAUUUAUAGUUUGGGAGAAGGGGGGAGAAGCUGCUGCGCAGUUAUUAGGGCUCCAUUCACCGCGUUUGAUGAACGCGGUGAACUCCCCGCUUUAGCCGCAAACGGUGAAUGCAAAGGUGACGUGGCGUGCUGUGAGGCGUCGGAUCGUGGGAAGAAAACCACGAUCCGCGUCUCACCGCAUCUAACGGCCACGGUGAAAGCACGCCAACGCGGAUCACUGACGCAAACAAACACGGGUUAUUCACCGUGUUUGUCUAACGCGGUGAAUACCCCGUGCUGUCCACGUCAGCGCCUUCACCGCGGCCAACAAAAAUGGUGAAGCCUUCACCGUUUUUGUUUAAAACGGUGAGGUAUUCACCGUUUUUAACAAACGCGGUGAACCCUUCACCGUUUUAGUUUGGAACGGUGAAUACAUCACCGUUUUAGUUUAAAACGGUAAAGUACUCACCGUGUUCAUCAAACGCGGUGAUGACCUUCACCGUUUUUGUCUAAAACGGUGAUGCUCAAACAUGUGUACUUUUGGAAUUUUUUUUAUAACUCAUGUAUUUUGAGAAUUUUUUUUAAGAACGUGUGUACUUUGGGAUUUUUUUCGCGAAAUUGUUCAAAUUCAACAUUUGAUGGAAAAUUACAUCAAAUUAAUUUGUGUGAGAUAUUUUGUUAAUUCUUUUUGUUCGAUGAAUUGACAUCCAUAUAUUAGAGAGGGUAUCAUGACACCCGAAUUGUGAGUGUUGGAACUUUACACAAAAUACAUUAGGUGAAUGAAAUCAGUGCAUAUAUGCACAUGCCCCAUUCACGCACAUGCAUCAGAAUGAUGGCGAUGCAUAGGGCUGCAAAUGAGCCGAGCUGCUCGAGUGAUGGAACUUUACACGAAAUACAUUAAGUGAAUGGAAUCGGUGCAUAUAUGCACAUGCCCCAUUCACGCACAUGCAUCGUUCUGAUGGCGAGGUGCUCGACUCGGGAAAAGCUCGUUUGAAACUCGAUUCAUUUAUUAACGAGCCGAGCAUGAGCUAAGCCUUGUUCAGCCAAUGAAGGUCGCGAGCUAACUCGACUCGGUGGCUUGUUUGUUGAGCUAAACUCAUGAGCUGACUUGUUUAGAGCUCCCGAGAUGUCUCACAUUGUGGCUAGAGAGCCAACUCGAUUACCGAGUUAUGGGCGAAUCAAUCUAUAUCUUAUGAGUUUAAUUGAUAUGAUUGUUAAAUUAUAUAUCUCACCAUAUAUGAAGUUUAACAAGCUGAGUAUGUGAACAAAUAUAUAUUAUUUUUAUUUAAAAAGAAAAUUUAUAUCAUAAAUUGCUUCGAUACUAUUAAAUAACAUGAUUUGGACUAGUUAAAAUUUAUUAACUAAAUAAUAUGAUACCAACAAAGUAUAAUAUGAGAU